AGAAAAGAUAAAGCGUAGCCUCAAUCGGAAGUUUGAAGGUGAAAAAGAUAACUUAAAUCUGUAAAUUUCCAGCUCAUUCUCCCUUUUGAUUUUCUGGAUUUCCGCCAACUCAAUCCUCUUCCCCUUCCUCUUUGCAUAUAUAAUGUGUGUGUCUAUAUAUAUAGAUACACUCCACCCCCUCUGUAUCAAUAUAUGCAUGUAGAUACUCCCUGACGACCAAUUCGCUUCCCAACUGAACCUCUCUUGUCGCCAAGCCAGAUCUCUCCACCAUGAAGGCUCUUAUUCUUGUUGGAGGAUUUGGAACUCGGUUGAGGCCGUUGACUCUCAGCUUCCCAAAGCCGCUUGUUGACUUUGCCAACAAACCUAUGAUCCUGCACCAGAUUGAAGCUCUUAAGGCUAUAGGAGUCACCGAAGUGGUUCUAGCCAUCAAUUAUCAACCAGAGGUCAUGCUUAACUUCUUGAAGGACUUUGAAACUAAGCUUGGGAUAAAGAUCACAUGCUCACAAGAAACUGAGCCGCUUGGAACCGCAGGGCCCCUAGCUCUUGCUAGAGACAAACUCGCAGAUAAGUCUGGCGAGCCAUUUUUUGUUCUCAACAGCGAUGUUAUCAGCGAGUAUCCGCUCAAAGAGAUGAUUGCAUUCCAUAAGUCCCAUGGUGGUGAAGCUUCAAUAAUGGUGACUAAGGUUGACGAGCCUUCAAAAUAUGGCGUGGUUGUGAUGGAAGAAUCUACUGGAAAAGUCGAUAGCUUUGUUGAAAAACCAAAAAUAUUUGUGGGUAACAAGAUUAAUGCUGGGAUCUACCUGCUGAACCCAUCUGUUCUUGAUCGAAUUGAGCUCAAGCCCACUUCGAUCGAGAAAGAGAUCUUCCCGAAAAUCGCAUUGGCGGGUCAGCUAUUUGCAAUGGUUUUACCAGGGUUCUGGAUGGACAUUGGGCAGCCAAAGGAUUACAUCUCUGGAUUAAGACUAUACCUAGACUCUUUAAGAAAGAAAACACCAUCUAAAUUGGCUAGUGGAGCCCACAUCAUGGGUAACGUCCUGGUGGACGAGAAUGCCAAGAUCGGUGACGGGUGUUUGAUUGGGCCCGAUGUUGCAAUCGGGCCAGGAUGUGUGGUUGAGUCUGGUGUGAGACUCUCGCGGUGCACCAUAAUGCGUGGGGUCCGCAUCAAGAAACAUGCAUGCAUCUCGAGUAGUAUCAUAGGGUGGCACUCGACUGUCGGCCAGUGGGCUCGAGUCGAGAACAUGACGAUUCUGGGAGAAGACGUUCAUGUGUGCGAUGAGAUCUACAGCAAUGGGGGCGUGGUUCUGCCACACAAGGAGAUCAAGGCUAGCAUCUUGAAGCCAGAGAUCGUAAUGUGAAGAAGAUUGAUUGUGUUCAUAAACUCAUGUUGUUGAAGAUAGUUCUCAUUUGUGUUUCUUUCAUAUAUGUUCUGUUUUGAAUUGUUUUAUUUAAAUUGUGGGUUGUUGUAAUGUGUAAUUUGUGGUGUAAAUAGAAUAAAUAUGAGGUUGAGUUA